AUUCCUUAACCCUUCUCUCACAUCACUUUACUCAUACUUUAUUUUUCAGGUUUCUGUGUCUCUAUAGUUUCUAGGGUUUCCUUUUUGGCAGUAUAAAUUCAAGAAACUUUUGUAUACCAAUAGCUGAAGGAUCCUUAAAAUGAUCAAGGGAAAAAACCAGUAACAGGUUUCAGAAGGAAAGAUUCAAAUUAUUACCAGUGUCUUUUCUUUUGAGUAAAGAAACCCUUCUUCAUCUCCCCCUCCCCUCCCCCCUUCCCCACAAGCCCACCCCCAGAAAAAAAGAAAGAAAGAGAGAUUCUUUAGCUGUUUGAUUUUGCUUGAAGAUAUAUAGAUCAAAGAGGGAAAAAAAAAUUGAAUUUCAGGAAAAAUGGCUUCUUCUACUAGCUAUUCCAGCCCUCCGUGUGCAGCCUGCAAAUUCUUGAGAAGAAAAUGCCUGCCAGGUUGCAUAUUUGCUCCAUAUUUUCCUCCUGAGGAACCCCAAAAAUUCGCUAAUGUACACAAAAUAUUUGGUGCAAGCAAUGUAAGUAAACUACUCAAUGAAAUCCUUCCUCAUCAAAGAGAAGAUGCAGUAAAUUCUCUUGCUUAUGAAGCCGAGGCACGGUUAAAAGAUCCUGUAUACGGCUGUGUUGGAGCAAUAUCUGUCCUUCAAAGGCAAGUUCUUCAUCUUCAGAAGGAAUUGGAUGCAACAAAUGCUGAUCUAAUGCGAUAUACGGGUAGUGAAGCCUCGUAUCUGAAUCAGAUGAGUGCACAGUUCGGGAGGAUGGGUCGAGAAGGAGGUUCUUUUAAUCUGAAUUCGGGUUACCCUGGGACAUAUUCUUCUCGAUGGAAUAAUGAUUCUAACAGCCCUGAAAAUGGUGGAGAUGGUAUCAUGUAAGGUCUUAUAUGUUUAUAUUAGGGUUUAUUGCCUUUUAUUUCGAUAAUAUGAACCUUCUAAUGCUCGUUCCAUUUCUAAACGACGAGCUAUUACUCUAUUGAGUAUAUAUUGCGAAUAAUAUUUAUGUGGGGAAGUGAAAUAAUUUGGUAUAUAAUGAGUGUUCAUCUUUUGGGACGUGUUUUGUGAUGAUAUAUGUAGUAGCGCAAUGGUUGGCUUUUUGUUAAAAGAAUAAUUCACACUAGAAAAAGGGCUAUGUAAUGUAAAAUACUUUUAUAUUGUAGUUCUUGCUCUUGAAUUAAAUAUUGAGCAAUUACUCCAAAUGAUUUUGAGUAUUUGAUGAUGUAAGAUAGUCUCUUUUUUAUGGUAUAAAAUGUUUGGCUUCUAAUUA